AUGAAAGACAACAACCUAAAUUCAUUUUAAUAAUACUAAACAUAUUCUACUUAUUAAUCUAGAACAAUAUUACCAUCAAAUAAUCAAUAAUCAAUUAAAAUUUAAGACUAUACAAGACCUGAAAUCUAAAAAAUCAACUUAAAAUUAGAUUAAAUGCUUGAAUCACUAAAUUAAUUCACUCCCUCAUUAAUGAAUCAUUAAAAAUAAUAAGAAUCAAAUGUUAAUAAUAGUCAACUUGAAACUUAACUUCCUAAUUCUUAAUAUAAUUCAUUUAUUGGAAAGGAUAACAUAUAAUAUCCAUAAUAAUAAAAAUAAAUUACAAAUUAUCGAUGUCAACCACUUCAAUAUUCUAUAAGUCCUUAAUAAAAUUAAUAUAAUGCAAGUCUAAAAUAAGAAUUUGAUGAAUAUCUUUAAUUUAAAGACUUUAUUAAAGCUAAGAAACUUGUGCUUAAUAAUAAUGCUCCCCUAUCUGAUUUAUAUAAAUAUUAUCUAGAGAAUGAUGUUUAUUAGAAAACUAAAUACUAUAGAUUACAAGAAGAAAAAGUUAAUAAGAUAAUCUUAUAAAAAUGA